AUGAUCGCCGGUCUAGAAGGUGUAGAUUGCUUUCUAGAUGAUUUUAUUAUCUACAGCGUUGACAGAAAGCAGCACGAUUGUAUUCUGGAGAAGUUGUUUCGUCGUAUUCAAAAGUACGGGUUUCAUUUACGACUAGAAAAAUGUAAUUUCUACAAAUCUGAAAUUCGAUACUUGGGCUUCGUCAUCAACGCCGACGGCAUCAAACCUGACCCAGACAAAGUGGCCUCAAUCGUCAGAAUGCCACGACCGACUGAUUGCCAGGAAGCUUUCGAUACUAUUAAGAAAGUGUUGCAGUCGGACUUAUUACUUACGCACUACAACCCGUCACUAGAGUUGAUAGUUGCAGGAGACGCUUCGAAAACUGGCAUAGGUGCAGUAAUCAUGCACCGUUUUUCCAACGGUCAGUUGAAAGCAAUUGCGCAUGCUUACAAGCACCGAACAGAACUACAGCCAGAAAGAAAAAGAGGCGUUAGCUCUUGUCUUCGCGGUAACGAAGUUUCGUCGCAUGUUACUGGGUCACAGUUUACAUUGCAGACGGACCAUCAGCCAUUGUUGAAGGUAUUUGGAUCGAAAAAGGGAAUCCCACUACAUACAGCCAAUCGCCUGCAGCGGUGGGCUCUAUCGCUGCUGGGUUUCGAUUUCAACGUCGAAUAUGUUCCAACCGAUAACUUUGGGUAUGCAGAUGUGCUCUCUUGGCUAAUUAGCAAUCACAUGAAACCUGAGGAAGAGUAUGUCGUCGCAACCGUCAGUCUGGAAGAAGAGAUUCAUGCAGGUCUUGAAGAGUGUUUCACAUCCUUGCCAGUAAACUUCAAAAUGGUCUGCGCAGCUACCAAAAGAGAUGCAGUUCUCCAACAGGUGGUGCAGUUAAUAGAAAAUGGCUGGCCUCGCAAGAUAAACGAUCCGAAAUUAACAGUUUUCCAUGCUCGCCGUGAAUCUUUGUCAGUUGUGAACGGAUGUAUCAUGAUGGAAGAACGUGUAGUUGUACCGAAGUUCUACAGCCAACAAAUUUUAAAACAGCUUCAUCGCGGUCAUCAGGGCAUAGAAAAAAUGAAAGCCAUCGCUCGCAGUGUGGUGUAUUGGCCAAACAUAGACAACGACAUUCAGGAUCUUGUUCGCCGGUGUGACAUCUGUGCCAGUGCAGCCAAGUCGCCACCACAUUUUCAACCUCAACCGUGGCCACGUGCAGAUGGGCCAUGGAAAAGAAUCCACUUGGAUCAUGCGGGUCCGCUAGACGGAAGUCUGCCAGAAACCAUUAUCACCGACAACGGAACGCAAUUUUGCAGCAGUGAGUUCAAAAAAUGGUGUGAUCAAAACGGCAUUAUCCACAUUCGCACUGCGCCGUAUCACCCGCAAUCAAAUGGGCAGGCAGAGAGGUUCGUGGACACGAUGAAGCGGUUGCUACUCAAAAUCGUAGAAGGAGAAGGAGUUCCAUCAGUAGAAGCUCUUCAAACGUUCCUACAGGUAUACCGUUCCACAUCCAGUGCAACACUGGCUGGCAAGUCUACUGCGGAAGAAAUGCUGGAAGUACAUCCGAAAAACAUGUUUCUAAAUAUACCGCUGGAUGCGCGGCAUACGCGAAACUCUACUCCAACGCAGAGAAAUGGAAUUGGAUACCAGGAACUGUUGUUGAAGCCAUAG